GGUGCUGAACUUAUUCUUCUCGAAAAAGACUGCUGCUCAUCUACCUGCAGUGAUGAAAGGCAUCGUGCAGAUGUUUGCUCCAAUCUGUUUGCUGCUCUGCUGGAUGCUGCCUGUCUGCUCCAAGGAGAUCAGGUCUCUCGUCAGACGACCCGAGGCGGAUCAGAUGAGCAUGGCGCACGACGCUGUUGACGACAUGUACUUCAACUGCAAUGAAACAAUGGCAAAAAGAAUCAAGGACAAAUACUUUAAAAAAGAGAACACGGGAAAAUUUGCGAAAGCCUGGAAAACAGCAAAACAGUGUGUCAAUGCGAGACUCAAACUAAAACAAAAAGGGGAUGAGGCUCUAACUCGAGAUCACAUUCAAGCAAUCUGUGUUUAUACAGGUCAGUUUUCUGAGACGUUGAAUAAUCACAUUAAGAAGGGUAGGAGCACAUAUAGAACUUCUUUCCCCUAUCACUCCUUACAUUUCUGGCUGACAUCCGCUGUACAGAUCCUCAGCAAUACAAACUGUCACACUUCUUACCGCAGAACCGAUCGUGCAUUAAGAGGCAGUGUCAACCAGAUAAUGCGAUUUGGUUCCUUUGCCUCCAGCUCUAAAAAGAAAACACUGGAACAAUUUGGUAAGAAGACGUGCUUUAAAAUUCAAACCUGUUACGGGGCUUUUUUGAAACAUUCUUCCUCUCUUGGAAAGGCAGAGAUGGAGGUGCUUAUCCCUCCUUAUGAGAAGUUCAAGAUAGUUAAGGAAACGAGGGGUCUAGAGGUCAAAGGUCUGGAAGACUGUGAGGUUGUCUAUACCCUGGAGAGCGCAGGCAUUGAGAGCAAUCUAAACUGCAACGCCGCCUAUGAGAGCGAUGGUUCUUCAACUGGUGGAGCGAAGGAAACCUUUUAGUCUUUUCAUGCAAACUUCAUUUCAUGCUUCUUCAAUCCAAGCUCGUUACCACACAUGUAUGUAAUUUACUUAACCAUUGGUUGUUGUUGUUGUUGUUGUUUUUUUACAUCCAAAAUGCUGUACAACAAAAUAAUGAACAACUCUCACCAAUUCAUCUGUGCCAUUAUUUGCGUCUCUAUGUAUUACAAAUAUUAUUGUGUGGACAUUUUCUUUAUGAUAUCAAUAAAAUGUGUCGCCAAGCCAAAAUGUG